GUUAUGAAAACUUUAGUUCAGUUUGGAGCCCCACCAAACAUUUUGGUUGAUGGGAAGCCCCACCUGGGAACAAAUAGACUGGUUCCGCUGCUGCGCAACUUCCGCCAGCAUCUGAAGGAGUUGGGCGUUGAUAUAAAGUUUGGGACUAGACUGAAUGAUCUCAUCGUACAAAACAAGCAGGUUUUGGGAGUCAAAGUUUGUGAUGCAAGACAUGGACCUGGUUAUGAUGACAAGAAGUUAUCAUGUGAUGCGGUUGUUCUAGCAGUUGGUCACUCAGCCCGUGAUGUGUACCCCAUGUUGCUUGAACACAAUGUUGGCUUACGAAUUGAGCAUCCACAAGAACUGAUAAACAGCAUACAGUACUCUGCAUUGGCUGCUGAAGUCCAUGAGGGACGUGGAAGAAUACCUGUUGCUGAUUAUAAAGUAGUGAAGUAUAUCAGUGGAGAGAACGAUGGGGUCAGUUUCUGGUUCAGAGGAACACAAAACCCAUCAGAACUUUGCGUCAAUGGCAUGUCAUUUUCCCGCCGCGCAUCUAGAUGGGCAAAUGCAGCACUUGUUGUCACUGUCUCCUCAAAUGAUUUUGAUUCCUUUCGAUCUUAUGGGGCUCUUGCUGGCGUUGAAUUCCAGCAUGAAGAAUUUAUGUUCAUUGAGCAGAGCCAUGUGGACAAUCUAUUGGAGACAAGGACAAGUUCCCCUGUGCAGAUCUUACGUCAUGCAGAUACGUAUGAGAGUACAUCAUUGAAAGGGCUGUAUCCAAUUGGAGAAGGUGCAGGUUAUGCUGGUGGGAUCGUCAGUGCUGCUGUUGAUGGUAUGUAUUGUGGUUUUGCUGUAGCCAAAAGUCUCGGUUUAUAUCAGGGUGAUAUAGAGUCAAUAUUGGGUAAAGCGCAGAAAAAUACAGGUUUUGUAAAAUAUUGA